UUUGGAAACCAAAGACCAGCUAAAAUUGGCAAAAGAAAAAGAAAACAUGGUAAUAGAAUAGAGUCCAAUCCUCGUUUACUACGAGAGAACGUUGAGUUCCAGCGAUCCAGCUUGAAAAACUCCUAUUUUCAAGGGCCUGGCAAAACUCUCAAUCUCUCUCCAUUGAAUCCCAAAAAAAAAAAAAACCCACAGAGACCAAACCAAAAAGGAAAAAUCAACACAAGAAACUAAAUAAUGGGGAAGGAGAAGAAGAACGAGAACGUUGACAAUGGAAGCUACAACUACAAGAUGUUCAACUUCUUCAACAGGAAGUUCAAGAUCAACGAGGUGGAGCCUCCUGCUGAUGUCAAGAAGGCUUUUGCCGGAUUCACGGAUGGUGCUUCCCACAUGACUGCUGAGCAGCUCAAAUGGUUCCUGGUGGUGCACCAGGGUGAGGUUGACUCGACCCUGGAAGAUGCUGAGCGUAUCAUCGAACAGGUUGUUAACAGGAGACACCAUGUGACUAGAUUUGCUAGGCACUCGCUUAACCUUGAUGAUUUCUUUCACUUUCUCUUCUUUGAUGAUCUCAAUGGCCCUAUUAAAACUCAGGUACACCAUGAUAUGACUGCUCCAUUGUCACAUUAUUUCAUAUAUACGGGGCAUAAUUCCUAUCUAACUGGGAAUCAACUGAGCAGUGAUUGUAGUGAGGUCCCAAUUAUCAAGGCAUUGCAAAGAGGUGUCAGAGUUAUUGAACUUGAUUUAUGGCCAAGUUCCACAAAAGACGAAAUUCUUGUUCUUCAUGGAAGGACCCUGACUACUCCAGUGUCACUUAUCAAAUGUUUGAUGUCCAUAAAGGAGUAUGCUUUUGCUAGUUCUCCUUACCCUGUUAUUAUAACAUUAGAAGACCACCUUACACCAGAACUGCAGGCUAGAGUUGCUGAGAUGGUCACUCAAACAUUUGGAACUAUGCUUUACUACCCAGAGUCAGAUCGCUUAAGUGAGUUCCCUUCACCAGAAUCAUUGAAACAUCGAAUAAUUAUUUCAACCAAACCCCCAAAAGAAUAUCUAGAGUCUAGGCCCAAAGACAAUUUGUCACCAGGUGGAAAUGGAAUGGGAUUCUCUGAAGAAGAAGCAUCCCCAAAGGAGAUGAAAGUCAAUAUAUCUGAGUCAGAAGUUGAUGAUAAGAGUGAUAGUGAUCAUGAUGAUGAAGACUUCAACGAAUGCAAUCGCAAAUCAGGCCAAACGGGGGUAUCUGCGUACAAGUGCCUAAUAACCAUUCAUGCUGGAAAACCAAAGGGUGCCUUAAAAGAUGCAUUAGAAGUUGCAGCUGAUAAGGUUAGACGUCUUAGUUUGAGUGAACAAGAGCUUGAAAGGGCUGCAGGAUCUUAUGGAUCUGAUGUUGUAAGGUUUACGCAGAAGAAUAUCCUGAGAAUCUAUCCAAAGGGUACACGUUUUACUUCCUCAAACUACAAUCCAACUAUUGGAUGGAUGCAUGGAGCUCAGAUGAUAGCAUUUAACAUGCAGGGAUAUGGAAAAUCACUCUGGUUGAUGCAUGGCAUGUUUAGAGCCAACGGAGGAUGUGGUUAUGUAAGAAAACCCGAUUUUCUGAUGCGGGAAGGACCAUCUGAUGAGUUUUUUGAUCCCAGAACAACAUUGCCCUUGCAGAAAAAGUUAAAGGUGAAAAUAUAUAUGGGGGAUGGAUGGCGGUUGGACUUUAGCCACACACACUUCGAUACAUACUCUCCUCCAGACUUCUACACAAAGGUUUACAUUGUAGGGGUGCCAGCAGAUGAAGCUAAAAGGAAAACAAAGAUAAUUCGAGAUGAUUGGUGUCCUGUAUGGGAUGAAGAAUUCACAUUUCCCUUGACUGUUCCAGACCUGGCUCUGCUUAGGAUUGAAGUACGCGAGUAUGACAUGUCGGAGAAAGAUGACUUUGGUGGCCAGACAUGUUUGCCUGUCGCAGAGAUAAUGACGGGGAUCCGGUCAGUCCCUUUGCAUGACAAAAAGGGAAAGAAACUCCCCAAUGUAAGGCUUCUAAUGAAGUUUGAAUUUGUAUAAAUAGUGUAGAAUUAUCGAUCCAGGAGCAAGGCUGUUGUUAGCUCUUUGCAAAAACCAAAUCAGGUGUAGUCAGGAUAUACAAAGUCAUUGUGACAAGUUCUGAGAAUUCUGAUAUGCUAAAAUGUCUAUGUUCCUUUUGCCCUGUUUUGAAGCAAUGGUAAGAAAUUUUACACACCACUCUUUUGCCAAGCACUUCUGGUUUUUUGGAAGAUUUGAUGGUUGAUGAGCAUUGAAGAUCUUA